AGGGUUUCUUCUUAAAAACCCUAGCAGCGGCAAGCAAUCCCCAUCUUCUUCCCAGCGACUCAGAACUAGGGUUUCCAGUCUCCGAAGCUUCAACCAUGGCUGACGUUGAGACCGAUGUGCCGGUGACCGGAGUGCCGAAGAAGAGAACGUUCAAGAAGUUCAGCUUCAGAGGAGUCGAUUUGGAUGCUCUCCUCGACAUGUCCACCGAUGAGCUCGUCAAGCUCUUCACUGCCCGUGCUCGCAGAAGGUUCCAGAGGGGUUUGAAGCGUAAGCCCAUGGCUCUCAUCAAGAAGCUGCGCAAGGCGAAAAGGGAGGCCCCACCUGGUGAGAAGCCAGAACCAGUUCGCACUCACCUUCGCAACAUGAUCAUCGUACCAGAAAUGAUCGGAAGCAUCAUUGGUGUCUACAACGGUAAGACCUUCAAUCAGGUUGAGAUCAAGCCUGAAAUGAUUGGUCAUUACCUUGCUGAGUUCUCAAUCUCAUACAAGCCUGUCAAGCACGGUAGACCCGGUAUUGGUGCUACCCACUCUUCGAGGUUCAUUCCUCUCAAGUGAAGUCAAUGCCUGCAGUCUAGAUAUUUAGUCAUGUUAUGCUCCGAGGACUUCCAUUUUGAUCCAGUUUUUGUAUUUCUCUUUUUGUUGCUUUAAAAUGUUCUAAUACUGUUUACCUCAUUUUUAGACUGAAACUUGGAAGUUUAUAGUUUUGAGUUUAUGCUAUUUUUGGUGAUCCGGAAAUAUUUGAACUAGCUUUGUGAUCUUUAUCUUUAUUUCAUGCUGUGCUGUUGAUUGUGUGAACCCAA